UACUCCCGAGCCUUCCUUCCUUCCUUCCUGCCUGCUCGCGAUUGGACAACGUCCGUCAGUGACGUCGGCAGGCCGCCCGCGUGCCCGUGUUUGAGGAAAUUGGCGGGCUCCAAUUGACGCACUUUCUUCCCGACAUGGCCGACGAGCUCGCUUCAGACGUGAGGGGACAUUUUCACAACGGCGACGACGUCAGGGAGCUCGGGAACAUGUUGGAAAAGGGGUUGUCCGUGGACGAGGAGGACAACAUGGAAGCCUACCACAGACACGUCCGAGACGGAAAAGAUGCGGUCCGACGAGGAGACGUGAGCGAAGCGCUGGAGCUCUUCAAGAUGGCCAACGACAUUCAACGCAGUGACAAGCUGCAAAAGCGCAUCGGCAAAAUUGAGGAGUUUUUGGCCCAAAAUCUAGAGGACGAGAACAACGAUGACUUUGUGGACGUCAACAAGAGCGGUCUGAAGCUGUACAAAGAGCUUUACGACAAACUGUAUGACUAUCAGAGGGACGGAGUGGCCUUCUUGUACAGCCUGUACAGAGACGGGCGCAAAGGUGGGAUUCUGGCCGACGACAUGGGCCUGGGCAAAACCAUCCAGGUCAUUUCCUUCCUGUCGGGAAUGUACGACAGCGAGCUGGUCAGGCACACCAUGCUGGUCAUGCCCACCUCGCUCAUCACAAACUGGACCAAGGAGUUUUCCAAAUGGACUCCUGGCAUGCGAGUCAAGGAGUUUCACGGCGCCAGCAAAGCUGAGCGUACCAAGAACCUCGAGAAGGUCCAGAGUAGGAGCGGCGUCAUCAUCACAACGUACACCAUGCUCAUGAACAACUGGCAACAGCUGGCAUCCUACAGGGGCCGGGAGUUCAAGUGGGACUACGUGAUCCUGGACGAGGCCCACAAGAUCAAGACCAGCACCACCAAAACGGCCAAGAGCGCCUCCGCCAUCCCGUCCAAAAACCGAGUGCUUCUCACCGGCACCCCUGUCCAGAACAACCUCAGAGAGAUGUGGGCUCUCUUCAACUUUGCUUGUCAAGGAACUCUGCUGGGCACGGCCAAAACCUUCAAAAUGCAGUACGAAAACCCCAUCACCCGGGCGCGGGAGAAGGACGCCACUCCGGGGGAGAAGGCCCUUGGGUCCAGGAUGUCGGAGAACCUCAUGGCCAUCAUCCAACCGUACUUCCUGCGCAGGACAAAGGCUGAAGUGCAGAAGAACAAAGAUGAUGUGAGGGACGCUUGCCGAUCUGAGAAUGCAGAGGGACAGUCGGAGGUCCGGAAGGACUCUGGUGCCAGCAUGCCCACGCUGACUAGGAAGAACGACUUGAUUGUGUGGACGUACCUCAGCGGCAUCCAGGAGGACAUUUACUGGAAAUUUAUUUCGCUGGAACACAUUAAGGAACUGCUCAUGACGUCCAGGUCGCCUCUAGCAGAGUUGACCAUUCUAAAGAAGCUGUGCGAUCACCCGAGGCUUCUCUCCGCCCGAGCCACCGCCACCUUGGGGCUCAAGGAGGCUCGGCAGAGCAACGACGACGACGACGUCGACAGCCAGAGCAUUGCCGACGUUCCGGAUGAAACUUUGAUAGCGGAGUCUGGAAAACUGGCUUUCCUGGUUACGCUGCUCAAGCGUCUCCGAGAAGAAGGUCAUCGCACGCUGGUCUUCGCCCACUACAGGAUGGUGCUGGACAUCCUCCAGCGUGUCCUGAGGAACCAGGGAUUUAAAGUCCUGCGUCUGGACGGGUCCAUCACGCAAGUGGCGGAGCGGGAGCGACUUAUCACCCUUUUCCAGACGGACCACAGCUACUCCGUCUUCCUCCUCACCACCCAGGUGGGCGGCGUCGGCAUCACCCUGACCGCAGCGGACCGGGUGGUCAUCUACGAUCCCAGCUGGAAUCCAGCGACCGACGCCCAGGCGGUAGACCGGGCGUACCGCAUCGGCCAGACGCGAAACGUGGUCAUCUACCGGCUGAUCACGUGCGGCACGGUGGAGGAGAAAAUCUACAGACGGCAGGUAUUCAAGGACUCGCUGAUCCGCCAGACCACCGGAGACAAAAAGAAUCCAUUCCGCUACUUCAGCAAGCAGGAGCUGCGAGAGCUCUUCAGCCUGGAGGACACCAGAUCCUCCUCCACACAGUUGCUGCUCCAGUCUCUGCAUUCCAAACACAGAAGCGCCGACGCUGACCUGGACGUGCACCUCGCCCACCUCCACACCAUGGACAUGUUUGGAAUCUCCCAUCACGACCUCAUGUUUUCCCUCAGCGUGGAACACGAUGAGGCACUGCAGGACCGAGACGAGCAACAGUAUAUCGAAGGGCGCGUCCAGAAGGCCCAGGAGCUGGUGAAGGCCGAAUCGGAUCUGCAGAUGCAGUUUGCAAUCGGCUUGGAGUCCAGCACCGAGCCGGCGUGGAGGCGAAAGUCAGCAAGUGAGCGCGGAGAACAGUCACAAGAGAAGAAAUCGGGCAAACCCAGAUCUAGUCUUGCAUCGCCGCGCCGCAGCCACACAUCGCCAGCCCGGGCGGACCCAGACCGGUCCGGUGAGAGCAGGGAGGGCAAGCCUCGGGGUCAGAACAGCCUCAUUGAACUCACCGGGGAUGAAACUCUGCCCCUAGAAACCCGAGAGAGCUCCCUAGAACGCGACCCAACUCAGGAAGGGGGAGGUAUGGAAAGUGGGGAAGCAAGAAGUGGUGCCGAUGAUGGCGAAGUUAAUGACUCCUUUGUGGAAGUAAAGAAAGUUCCCCCAGAUGCCUCCACAAUUAGUCACGACCGAGACCUCAACCUUAACUCGGAUGGGAGUCCGAUGAAAACCCUCCACAACAAAAGACUGUCUGUCCUCCAGUCGUCCGUGUCCAGCUUGAAACUGGACUCCCCGUGCAGAGUUAGCGGCGGCGGCUCUGACAUUAUGGAAGGAAACUUCAACCUGCAGCUGGAGGAGAGUGAGCUCUCCUACCAGGACGGAGAGAAGAAGCCGCAGUCACACUUGCAGGAGACAGACUUCCUCUACCAGGAUGAGGAGAGAAAGCAGCUGUCACCCAUUCAGCUGGACGUGGAGACUGACGUCUUGUAUGAAGACGAUGAGGAAAAGCUGCUGUCACGUCUUCAGAUAUCGGGAACCUUCGACGUGCGCAAGUCCCUGACAGAGAGGCAGCUCGGACUCAGCAUCAAGUCCCAGGUCUCCGAGGUGGACGACGGGUCUAUCGUCGCUUCCGCCAAGAGAAAGAAAAAGACGCCGCGCCUCAUUUACGACAGCAAUGAGGAAGUAGAGGAGGAGGAGGAGGAGGAGGAGGAGGAGGAGGAGGAGGAAGAGGAGGAGGUGGAGGUGAAGGUGAAGGUGAGCCCGCUGUCUACGAAGGCCGCAUUCAACAACUUCCCACCGCACGGAUCCUCCACGCCAAAAUCCUCGCCGCCGAUCACCUCGAGAAGGAGCGUAGCGGGAAACGCGUCGGUGGCGUCGCGCCGCUCCCUCGUCCCCUCCGUCCUCCGAGACUUCGAGCGCGAAAAUGAGGACGUUUCAACGAGGUCUUCGGAUGAGGGUGAGGAGGAAGACGCGGCUGCUCGGAUGGAGGGCGACGCUGGAGAGACUCUGAACUCGGACGAUGAAGAGGUGGAAGAAGAAGAGGUUGAAGAAGUUGAAGAAGAGGAGGCGGAGCCCCGGAGCGGCAACCGGGAGGAGUCCACCAGCGAGCCCGAGCUGGCGUCCUCGGAGAGGUUCGAGCGGUGCGGCUCCGACUCGGCGGCGGCCAGCGUCGACGCCUACGAGUUUUUGGUGACGCGAGGCCGCGAGUCGUUCAACCGAGGCAGACCCGGCGAGGCUCUGGAUUUUUUCCUCAAGGCCCUCGACAUUAAGCCCGGAGACCCCGAGGUCCAGUUCUUGACCAUCCAGCUGUAUCGACAGCUCAGUGGCAAAUAAUCACAACUCUCGUUGGAAGUGUGCCACAAAACUGACUGACUGCUCUUUUCAGUUGUCUUCAAAAUAAAAGCCUUUUCUUCGGUUGCAACUGUA